AUUGCGAGAAUGUCAUAUGGUCAGAUGAAACCAAAAAUAUAACUUUUUGGUAAAAACUCAACUCGUCGUGUUUGGAGGACAAAGAAUACUGAGUUGCAUGAAAUGCUCGAGAGUCCACUUCAAAAUGCCCUACAAGUGGGAAGUGAAUGGUGGACAGACUUGGUCAGCUCUGCCAGAAAACGAAGCAAUCGAGAGAGACUUCUGUGACCCUUCUAAGAUACACAGUGAGCGAGCUGAGCGUGUGCGUUUUGACUCCAUGAGCCGCGGAUUAUGGGAUGUUCGUCGUCUCUCCACAGUUUCCUCUGUGACCAAGCCCACAUACGUACUCACCACAGAGUGGGUGUGGUUCUGGGAGGACGAGUACUGCAAAUGGAUCCAGUACGCAUCCAUCAAAGAGAUGCACAGAUUGUCGUCCAUCACCAGUGAAGACCUUGAGAAAAGGUUCCAGGAGGAUCAAAGUGCUGUGGUGAAGUUCACUGCAGGCCAGCAGUCUUAUGAGCUGAGUUUCAGAGACAUGACUCAAUUUAAUGAAAGAUUUGGUACUACAAGGAUGGUCAGACGACGUCCAGUCUUUGUUUCAACUGUGGACGCACAAGCUGCAAGAAGCAGGAGAAAUGGAGCACGCAUCCCCUCUCAGCAUUUCAGAGCUGUUCCUGGAUCUUGGGACAAGUCUGCCAUACCUGACAUUGGAUACAAGACAGUCACUCUUCUGUGUUCUGACAGGGACUAUCAGAAGGUCCAGAGACUUUUCACCAACACCAUGAGGGGCUUCCAAAUCACCAGCAUCGAGAGGGUCCAAAACAGGGACCUCUGGGAAGUCUUCCAGUGGAAAAGAGAUUUGAUGAAGAAAAACAACGGGGGUAGAAACAGCAAGGAGCUACAUCUCUUCCACGGAACGGACCCAAAACACGUAGAUGCCAUUUGCAGAGAUAACUUCGACUGGAGGCUGUGUGGAACCAAUGGAACUACGUAUGGCGAAGGGAGUUACUUUGCCAGGGAUGCCAAGUACUCACACAGCUUCACCAGCCACUCAGGAGUGAGGUCCAUGUUUGCUUGUCAGGUGCUUGUUGGUGACUACACACAGGGGAACUCGGGGCUCCGUCGCCCCCCUCCAAAAGACAAGGAUGCCGUCUCUGCCAUGAGCUGACGUCAGAGCACAACAUCAGAGUCCUGAGAGAGCAUUACCUGGAGGAACUGGACAGGAAGGAGCUGUGUACAUUACUGCUGCAGAAUGACAACGCCCUUUUACCCCCAGUUUGCUUCACAUACAACAAAGGUAGUGGAGAGUACGGUUACUGUCCUGACAAAGGGAGCUGCAGAAGACUGCACGUCUGUGAGCGCUACAUUACAGGAACCUGUGCUGCAGACGUGGACUGUGACAGGUCUCACGA